AUGUUCUUUGUCUACAAAUGUUUUAAUCUUUUACAUUAUCAUCAACAAGCAAAUCUUACGACCAACAAUUUAGUCUCCAUUUUUAAAAGAUAUCAUCAUGAAAAUUACAGAUCAAAAAAUAGUCUUUUGAUAUUUUUGUUUAUGCGGUUUCUAUGUGACUGUUUAACAGAAGAGUUCAUGAGAAUUUUAUGGGAAACAUUUUUUUAA